AGGAGAGCCACAGGACUCACACACUGUCCUCCAGCACACACUCAGGAACUGAGAGCGAGAGACCCUGACAGGGAGUGAGUGAGAGAGAGAGAGAGAGAGCGAGUGAGAGGGAUAGCAAAGGAGAUUAAAAAAAAUCCAAAAACUGAGGAGCAAAAACCUAAGGAUUGUGUUUUUUUCUUCCGAGGAGCUGCGAAUAACCCUCGGUGAAGAAUGGCAGAAGGGGGAGAGGGAGAGGAGGAGAUUCAGUUCCUGCGAACGGAUGACACAGUUGUUCUGCAGUGCACUGCCUCCGUCUUGAAGGAGCAACAGAUCAAACUAUGUCUGUCUUGCGAGGGCUUCGGAAAUCGCUUGUGUUUUCUAGAAACCACAUCCAAUGCCCAGAAGGUGCCCCCUGACCUGGCCAUAUGUACCUUCAUUCUGGAGCAGUCCCUGUCGGUCCGCGCUCUGCAGGAGAUGCUGGCCAACAUGGUGGAGAUGACCGAGUCGUCCCAAGGUGGAGGUCAUCGUACUCUACUGUACGGUCACGCUAUCCUUCUGAGACACAACCACUCAGGCAUGUACCUGAGCUGUUUGUCUACAUCUCGGUCACUCACGGACAAGUUGGCUUUUGAUGUGGGCUUACAAGAAGAUUCAACUGGUGAGGCGUGCUGGUGGACCAUUCAUCCAGCCUCAAAGCAGAGGUCCGAAGGUGAAAAGGUCAGGGUGGGAGAUGAUCUCAUCCUUGUCAGUGUGUCCUCUGAGCGAUACCUGCAUUUAUCCUAUGCCAGCGGAGAUCUGAUGGUGGAUGCAUCCUUCAUGCAGACCCUGUGGAACAUGAAUCCCAUUAGCUCUGGAUGUGAACUCGCUGAGGGGUUUCUGACAGGAGGUCAUGUUCUCCGGCUCUUCCACGGUCACAUGGACGAAUGUCUGGCCAUCUCUACACCAGAGGAAGGCGAAGAAAAGCGCAGGAUGGCCCACUAUGAAGGUGGUGCUGUGUGCAGUCAGGCUCGGUCCCUGUGGAGGCUGGAGCCGCUAAGAAUCAGCUGGAGCGGUAGCCACAUGAAGUGGGGGCAGUCAUUCCGAAUUCGCCAUAUCACCACAGGCCGGUACCUGGGUCUGGAGGAGGACAAAAAUCUGCUGGUAGUUGAUCCAGAAAGGGCCCACACCAAAAUGUCUGCCUUCUGCUUCCGUGCAUCAAAGGAGAAGGUGGACGUGGCUCAAAAGCGUGAUGUUGAGGGGAUGGGUAUUCCAGAGAUAAAGUACGGAGAAUCCAUGUGCUUCGUCCAACAUGUAUCCACGGGUCUGUGGCUCACGUACGCCGCUCUGGAUGCCAAAGCUGCUCGUCUGGGCACGAUGAAGAGGAAGGUCAUUCUGCAUCAGGAAGGACACAUGGACGAUGCCCUAACUGUGUCUCGCUCCCAGGUUGAGGAGUCUCAGGCGGCCCGUAUGAUUUACAGCACUAUGGGUCUCUUCAGACAGUUUAUCAAGGGUUUGGAUUCUCUGACUGGAAAGAACAAGGCACCAAGUUCCAUGUCACUGCCUCUGGAGGGCGUCAUCCUCUCCCUACAGGACCUCAUCUUCUACUUCCGUCCUCCCGAGGAAGAACUGGAGCACGAGGAGAAGCAGACCAAACUCCGGUCGCUCCGCAACCGUCAGAACCUCUUCCAGGAGGAGGGAAUGAUCACCAUCGUGCUGGAGUGCAUCGACCGCCUGAACGUGUACAACACCGCUGCUCACUUCUCUGAAUUUGCCGGGGAGGAAGCUGCAGAGUCUUGGAAGGAGAUUGUCAACUUGCUUUAUGAGCUGCUCGCUUCUCUCAUCAGAGGGAACCGUUCCAAUUGUGCUUUGUUCUGUGACAAUCUGGACUGGCUGGUCAGCAAGCUGGAUCGUCUGGAGGCCUCUUCAGGUAUUCUGGAGGUGCUGUACUGUGUGCUCAUUGAAAGCCCAGAGGUGUUGAACAUCAUCCAGGAGAACCACAUUAAGUCCAUCAUUUCUCUGUUGGACAAGCAUGGACGAAACCACAAGGUUCUGGAUGUCUUGCGCUCUCUUUGUGUGUGUAACGGUGUAGCUGUGAGGUCCAAUCAGAACCUCAUCACUGAAAACUUGCUGCCAGGUCGUGACCUCCUGCUUCAGACCAACAUUGUGAACUACGUGACCAGCAUGAGGCCCAACAUCUACCUGGGUACAUGUGAGGGGUCCACACAGUAUAAGAAGUGGUACUAUGAGAUGAUGGUUGACUAUGUGGAACAGUUUGUGACGGCGCAGGCCACCCACCUGCGUGUGGGCUGGGCUAUGACUGAGGGCUACAGUCCCUACCCUGGAGGAGGUGAAGGCUGGGGAGGAAACGGUGUGGGAGAUGACCUCUACUCCUACGGCUUUGAUGGCUUGCAUCUUUGGUCAGGCACAGUUCCCCGCCAGGUGGCCUCGCCUAGCGCGCACACUCUGGCUGCUGAUGAUGUGGUCAGCUGUUGUCUGGAUCUGAGCGUUCCCAGUAUCUCCUUUCGGAUAAACGGUCACCCAGUGCAAGGCAUGUUUGAAAACUUCAACGUGGACGGCCUGUUUUUCCCCGUCAUCAGCUUCUCAGCAGGAGUCAAGGCUCGGUUCCUCCUUGGUGGUCGUCAUGGAGACUUCAAGUUCAUGUCCCCACCUGGCUACGCCCCAUGUUACGAGGCUCUGCUGCCUCGAGACAGAAUGCGCAUUGAACCCAUUAAGGAAUACAAACACGACUUCAAUGGUGUGAGGAACCUGCUGGGGCCCACCUUGUCCCUCACCCACACGUCCUUCACCCCCUGCCCCGUGGACACUGUUCAGAUUGUGUUGCCACCUCACUUGGAGCGUAUCCGUGAGAAGCUGGCAGAGAAUAUCCACGAGCUGUGGGCCGUCACCCGCAUCGAGCAGGGCUGGACCUACGGGACUCUCAGGGAUGACAACAAGAAACUCCAUCCCUGUCUGGUGGACUUCCAUGGUCUCCCAGAACCAGAGAAGAACUACAACCUGCAGAUGUCUGCAGAAACACUCAAGACUCUCCUGGCUUUGGGUUGCCAUGUUGGUAUGGGAGAUGAGAAAGCAGAGGAGAACCUCAAGAAGAUCAAGCUGCCAAAGACUUAUGUGAUGGCCAGUGGAUACAAGCCUGCACCCCUCGACCUGAACCACGUCAAACUGACACCCAAUCAGAACCAGCUGGUGGAAAAACUAGCAGAAAAUGGGCAUAACGUUUGGGCAAGAGACCGAGUACGGCAAGGAUGGACCUACAGUAUUGUGCAGGACAUCUUGAAUAAGCGUAACCCUCGUUUGGUGCCGUACAACCUGCUGGAUGAGAGAACAAAGAAGACAAACCGAGACAGUGUUAACAACGCUGUCCGCACCCUCAUUGGCUACGGUUACAACAUUGAGCCCCCAGAUCAGGAGAGCUCUGGCCAUAACCUUGAGAACACCCGUGGGGACAAGGUCCGAGUCUUCAGAGCAGAGCGGUCAUAUGCUGUUACCCAAGGAAAAUGGUACUUUGAGUUUGAAGCAGUGACCACAGGUGAAAUGAGAGUGGGCUGGGCCCGUCCUAAUGUCAGAGCUGACACUGAACUGGGAGCAGAUGAACUGGCCUAUGUCUUUAAUGGAAAUAAGGCACAACGAUGGCAUAUUGGUAAUGAACCAUUUGGACGUCAGUGGCAGUCUGGAGAUGUGGUCGGUUGUAUGAUUGACCUGACUGAGAUGAACAUCAUGUUUACCCUCAAUGGAGAAAUGCUGAUCAGUGACUCAGGUUCAGAAAUGGCUUUCAAAGAUAUUGAAAUUGGGGAAGGUUUUAUCCCGGUGUGCACUCUGGGCCUGUCUCAGGUCGGAAGGAUCAAUCUUGGUCGGAAUGUCAGCAGCCUCCGCUUUUUUGCCAUCUGUGGCCUGCAGGAAGGAUUUGAACCCUUUGCUAUCAAUAUGAAGCGAGAUAUUACCAUGUGGUUUAGUAAAAGUUUGCCCCAGUUUGUUCCUGUACCUACUGAUCACAACCAUGUUGAGUUGGCCCGUGUGGAUGGGACUGUGGAAAGUGCACCCUGCCUCAAGCUCACCCACAAGACCUUUGGCUCACAGAACGCCAACACUGACAUGAUGUUCCUCAGGCUCAGCAUGCCCGUGCAGUUCAACGAGACCUUUAAGAUCCAGGCCGGCACCACUCCCCUCACCCGUUCUCUCACCAUCCCAGGGGAAGAGGUGGUUGUGGUGGAGCCCGACUCUGAGUUUGAAGUACUGAAGAAGUCUGCCAGCCGUAAGGAGCAGGAGGAGGAAAAAAAGGAGGCAUCUGUGGCUAAGGAGCUCUCUGUGGAAAAUGAGAAAGACAUAGUGUCAGAGAAGGGCAAGAAAAGAGGAUUCUUCUCUAAGGCCAAGAAAGCUGCCAUGACACCUCUAGCACCUGCUCCUGCCCCUCCGACGGUGCCCCGUUUGGUGGAAGAUGUCGUCCCUGAUGACAGAGAUGACCCAGAGAUCAUCUUAAACACCACCACUUAUUAUUAUUCUCUGAGGAUUUUUGCUGGGCAGGAGCCUUCUGGUGUGUGGGUUGGCUGGGUCACACCUGAUUACCACCAGUAUGAUCCGACCUUUGACCUCUCCAAAGUACGCAGUGUCACUGUCACUGUAGGUGAUGACAAAGGCAACAUCCAUGACAGUAUGAAGCACAGUAACUGUUACAUGGUGUGGGGAGGAGACCUGGUGAGCAAUCAGCAGACCCGCUUCAGCCAAGAGGACAUGGUGAUUGGCUGCCUGGUCGACCUGGCAACAGGCCUCAUGACUUUCACAGCAAAUGGAAAGGAAAUUAACACAUUCUACCAGGUUGAGCCCAACACAAAAUUGUUCCCUGCCGUCUUUAUUCAGCCAUCCAAUCAGAACAUGGUGCAGUGGGAACUGGGUAAACUCAAGAACAUUAUGCCUAUUUCUGCAGCUAUGUUCCGCAGUGACCGCAAGAACCCCGUGCCACAGUGCCCUCCCAGGUUGGAUGUCCAAAUGCUAACACCUGUUAUCUGGAGCCGUAUGCCCAAUCACUUCCUCGACCCAGAGAUGGGCAAAGUCAACGAGAGGCUCGGCUGGAUGGUGGAGUGUACCGAACCUCUCAUCAUGAUGGCGCUACACAUUCCAGAGGAGAACAGGUGUAUUGACAUCCUGGAGCUGUCGGAGCGUCAGGAUUUGAUGAAGUUCCACUACCACACCUUGAUGCUUUACUGUGCUGUUUGUGCUCUUGGCAACAACCGAGUGGCUCAUGCCCUGUGCAGCCACGUGGAUGAGUCUCAGCUUUUCUACGCCAUUGAGAACACGUACCUACCUGGACCUCUGCGUAGCGGUUUCUAUGACCUGCUUAUCAGCAUCCACCUAGAGUCUGCGAAGCGGGCACGCCUGGGCACCAACAAAGAAUUUAUCGUGCCCAUUACUGAAGAGACUCUCAGCAUUAAGCUCUAUCCUGAUGCAAAGAAGGCUCAUUCUCUUCCCGGUGUGGGACGCAACACUUGCUUAAGGCCCAAGCUGCAUUUCUCAUCCAUCAAUUUUGUUGGCACAGACCCUGACCUCUACACACUUAGUCCUGUCUUUCCCUUGCAGGAUCUGAAGACGAGGGCCAUCAGCAUGUUAACAGAGGCUGUGCUGGAUGGAAGCCAGGCCAUGAGAGAUCCAGUAGGUGGCAGUGUUGAGUUCCACUUUGUCCCCAUUCUGAAGCUCAUCAGUACACUCCUCAUUAUGGGCAUCUUCAAUGACGACGACACCAAACACAUCCUCAAGAUGAUUGAACCCAAUGUUUUCAGCGGGAAGCAGGAAGAGGUGGAAGAAGAGAACUCCAAGGAGGGUGGAGAUGCUGAAGAAGGCAAGGAAACAAAGGAGGAUGCUGAGCCUGAGCUUGAGGACGAAGGGGUUGGUGAUGAGGAAGAGCUCAAAGACCUCAAGAAAGGAGAGGGUGAGGAAGGGGAAUUGGAAGAGGAAGGAGAAGAAAAGGAGGGGGGAGAGACUAAAGAAGAAAAGACGGAUGGAGAGAAGGCAGAAGAAGAGAAGGAGGCAGAGGUUGUGGAGGAUAAAGUGAAAGAGGAAGAGGAUGGUCUGGAGGAAGGGUUACUCCACAUGAAACUGCCAGAAUCGGUCAAACUGCAGAUGUGCACGCUGCUGCAGUAUUUCUGUGACUGUGAGCUCCGGCACAGAGUGGAAGCCAUCGUGGCCUUUUCUGACCCAUUUAUCAACAGUGUUCAGGGCAACCAGCGCGUGCGUUACAACCUGUUAAUGAAAGCCUUCUCCAUGUCGGCUGCUGAGACUGCACGAAGGACCCGGGAGUUCCGCUCUCCACCUCAGGACCAGGUUCUUUUGCUGACCAAUUUCAAGCACUCUCCAGAGGAGGAGGACUGUCCUGUACCCGAGGACACGCGGGACACAAUGAGAGAAUUCCACAAUGACAUUCUGCUUCACUGUGGUAUACAUAUUGAGGAGGAGACAGAGGAGGAGGAGGUUGACUCGUCACUCAGGGGAAGACUUCUCAGUCUGGUGGACAAGGUCAAGAGCUUGCGCAAGAAGGAGGAGGAAAAGCCAGAGGCUGAGGAGGAAACAAAACCAAGCACUCUUCAGGAGCUGAUCUCACACACGAUGAUCCACUGGGCCCAGGAGUCGUUCAUACAGAACCCUGAGCUGGUGCGUCUGAUGUUCAGCCUGCUCCACAGGCAGUAUGACGGGCUCGGAGAGUUGAUCCGAGCUUUGCCCAAAGCCUAUGCUAUCAACGCUGUGUCCUUUCAAGACACCAUGGACCUGCUUGAGUGCCUGGGACAGAUCCGGUCACUGCUCAUUGUCCAGAUGGGCCCAGAAGAAGAGCGACUCAUGAUUCAGAGCAUUGGUAACAUCAUGAACAACAAAGUUUUCUACCAGCACCCCAAUCUGAUGAGAGCUCUCGGCAUGCAUGAGACCGUCAUGGAGGUGAUGGUCAAUGUGUUGGGUGGAGGAGGAGACUCAAAGGAGAUUCGAUUCCCUCAGAUGGUGACCAACUGCUGUCGUUUCCUGUGUUAUUUCUGUCGUAUCAGCCGGCAAAACCAGCGCGCCAUGUUUGACCAUCUGAGCUACUUGUUGCAAAAUAGUGGCAUUGGCCUCGGUAUGCGUGGCUCCACCCCCCUGGAUGUGGCUGCUGCCUCCUGCAUUGAUAACAAUGAGCUGGCCUUGGCUCUACAGGAGCAGGACCUGGAAAUGGUGGUGACAUACUUGGCGGGCUGCGGUCUACAGAUGUGCCCAAUGCUGCUGUCCAAAGGCUACCCUGACAUUGGCUGGAACCCCUGUGGAGGAGAGCGUUACCUGGAUUUCCUACGUUUUGCCGUCUUUGUUAAUGGAGAGAGCGUGGAGGAGAAUGCCAAUGUUGUAGUGCGUUUGCUGAUUCGGCGUCCUGAAUGCUUUGGUCCGGCCCUGAGAGGAGAGGGUGGGAACGGUCUGCUGGCUGCCAUGGAGGAGGCCAUCAAGAUCUCUGAGGAUCCAGCAAGGGAUGGACCCACCGUUAAAAAAGACAGACGCUUCAUAUUUGGUGGAGAGGAACAACAAGAGGAGACCCGUGUCCAUUUGGGAAAUGCCAUCAUGUCCUUCUAUUCAGCCCUCAUUGAUCUGCUGGGCCGCUGUGCUCCUGAGAUGCAUCUGAUCCAAGCAGGGAAGGGUGAGGCUUUAAGGAUCAGAGCCAUCCUGAGGUCUCUGGUACCCAUAGAGGAUCUUGUGGGAGUCAUAAGCUUACCUGUGCAGAUUCCAGCCUAUGGCAAAGAUGGUCAGAUUAUUGAGCCAAAGAUGUCAGCCAGUUUUGUGCCAGACCACAAAGCGUCCAUGGUGCUGUUCCUUGACAGAGUGUAUGGUAUUGAUAAUCAGGACUUCCUGCUCCAUGUUCUGGAGGUUGGCUUCCUCCCUGACAUGAGAGCUGCAGCCUCCUUGGACACGGUGGCAUUCAGUACAACUGAAAUGGCUUUGGCACUGAACCGCUACCUGUGUUCAGCUGUUCUGCCUCUGGUCACCAAGUGCGCCCCCUUGUUUGCUGGUACAGACCAUCGUGCCAUCAUGAUCGACUCCAUGCUCCACACCAUCUAUCGUCUAUCUCGCGGCCGAGCGCUCACCAAAGCACAGAGAGAUGUCAUUGAGGAGUGUCUUAUGUCACUCUGCAAGUACCUUCUACCGUCCAUGCUGCAGCAUUUGCUCAGAAGGCUGGUAUUUGAUGUGCCCAUCCUCAAUGAAUAUGCAAAGAUGCCUCUUAAGCUGUUGACCAAUCAUUAUGAACGCUGCUGGAAGUACUACUGUUUGCCGAAUGGAUGGGCUAACUUUGGUGUGACGUCAGAAGAGGAGCUACAUCUUUCUCGAAAACUGUUCUGGGGAAUCUUUGAAUCUUUGGCUCAUAAGAGAUUUGAUGCAGAGCUCUUCAAGAUUGCAAUGCCCUGCCUGUGUGCUAUAGCUGGAGCAAUCCCUCCUGACUACGUGGAUGCCAGCUACUCUUCCCACACUGAGAAGAAGGCCUCUGUGGAUGCAGAAGGCAACUUCGAUCCCAAACCAGUGGAGACUACAAACACCAUCAUCCCAGAGAGGCUGGAUCCUUUUAUUAACAAAUAUGCGGAGCACACCCAUGACAGAUGGGCCUUUGAGAAGAUUCAGAACAACUGGACCUACGGAGAGGUAUUGGAUGAGAAUGCUAAGACUCACCCCAUGCUCCGGCCAUACAAGACCUUUUCUGAAAAGGACAAGGAGAUCUAUCGUUGGCCUAUCAAAGAAUCUGUCAAAGCUAUGCUGGCAUGGGAGUGGACCCUGGAGAAAGCCCGAGAUGGGGAGGGUGAAAUUGAGAAGAAGGCCGCUACACGGAAGAUUUCUCAGACUGCUCAGGCCACUUAUGAUCCGAGCCAUGGUUACAGCCCUCAGCCAGUAGACAUCUCAGGAAUGACUCUCUCCAGAGAGCUGCAGUCUAUGGCUGAGCAGCUGGCUGAGAACUAUCACAACACGUGGGGCCGGAAGAAGAAGCUGGAAUUGCAGGCUAAAGGAGGUGGCACCCAUCCUUUGCUUGUCCCGUAUGACACACUGACAGCUAAGGAGAAGGCCAGGGACAGGGAGAAAGCACAGGACCUGCUGAAGUUCCUCCAGCUUAAUGGAUAUGCUGUGACAAGGGGACUGAAGGACAUGGAGCAGGACAUUUCCUCUAUUGAGAAACGUUUUGCUUAUGGCUUCCUCCAGAAGCUUCUGAAAUGGAUGGACAUUGCUCAAGAGUUCAUUGCUCAUCUUGAGGCCGUGGUUAGCAGCGGGAGAGUGGAGAAAUCACCACAUGAACAAGAGAUCAAAUUCUUUGCCAAGAUUCUUUUGCCAUUGGUAAAUCAAUACUUCAAGAACCACUGUCUCUAUUUCCUCUCCACUCCUGCUAAAGUCUUGGGCAGUGGAGGACAUUCUUCCAACAAGGAGAAGGAGAUGAUUGCAAGUAUCUUCUGUAAGUUGGCUGCUUUGGUGAGGCACAGAGUAUCUCUUUUUGGAACUGAUGCCAGUGCAGUGGUUAACUGUCUGCACAUUCUGUCUCGGUCACUGGAUGCCAGGACUGUUAUGAAGUCAGGGCCUGAGAUUGUGAAGGCUGGCCUACGUCAGUUCUUUGAGAGCGCUGCUGAUGACAUCGAAAAGAUGGUUGAGAACCUGAAAUUGGGCAAAGUGUCUAGUCGAAACCAGGUAAAGGGCGUUUCCCAGAACAUCAACUAUACCAUGAUUGCUCUGAUGCCAGUCCUCACUUCGCUGUUUGACCAUAUUGCUCAACACCAGUUUGGAGAUGAUGUCAUAUUGGAUGACUUGCAAAUAUCUUGCUACCGUUUAAUGUGCAGUAUCUAUUCCUUGGGUACAGUGAAGACUCCGCAUGCUGAGAAACAGCGACCAGCUCUGGGUGAGUGCCUGGCUCACUUGGCAGCUGCAAUGCCAGUGGCAUUCCUUGAGCCAGUACUCAAUGAGUUCAACUCCUUUUCUGUGUACACCACCAAGACUCCCAGAGAGCGAGCCAUUUUGGGUCUUCCCAACCAAGUAGAGGAGCUAUGUCCUGACAUCCCUGAACUGGAGAUUCUGAUGAAGGAGAUCAGUGAUCUGGCUGAAUCUGGGGCAAGAUACACUGAAAUGCCCCAUGUAAUUGAAAUCACCCUGCCUAUGCUCUGCAACUACCUUCCACGUUGGUGGGAGAGGGGCCCAGAGAACUUCCCUGAGCAGGAGGGCCAGCUGUGCACCUCUGUCACCUCUGAACAACUCAACCAGCUAUUGGGGAGUAUUAUGAAGAUAGUGGUUAACAACCUGGGUAUAGAUGAGGCCUCCUGGAUGAAGAGACUGGCAGUAUUUUCCCAGCCCAUUGUUAGCCGGGCUAAGCCAGAGAUGCUCAAAUCACAUUUCAUCCCUACCAUGGAGAAACUGAAGAAACGUGCAGGAAAGGUGGUGGCUGAAGAGGAUCAUCUUCGCAUGGAGGGAAAGACAGAGGUUGACAGUGAAAAUGGCACAAUCCGAGAUGAGUUUGCAGUGUUGUGUCGAGACCUGUACGCACUCUACCCCCUGCUUAUCCGUUACGUGGACAACAACAGAGCAAGGUGGCUGACCUGUCCAGAUCCAGAUGCAGAGGACCUUUUCAGGAUGGUGGGAGAGGUCUUUAUUUUCUGGUCCAAAUCCCACAACUUCAAGAGGGAGGAGCAGAACUUUGUGGUGAUGAAUGAGAUCAAUAACAUGUCCUUCCUCACUGCCGACAGUAAGAGCAAGAUGAGCAAGGCCGGAGAUGGAGAGUCUGGAGGCUCAGAACAGGAGCGCACCAAGAAGAGGCGGCGUGGAGAUCGCUACUCCGUGCAGACAUCCCUUAUUGUAGCAGCUCUGAAGAAGAUGCUUCCCAUUGGCCUCAACAUGUGUUCUCCUGCAGACCAGGAGCUCAUCAACGUUGCCAAGAUCAGAUACUCACUGAAAGACACAGAUGAGGAAGUGAGGGAAUUCUUGCAGAACAAUCUGCAUUUGCAAGGCAAGGUGGAGGAUCCAGCUAUGCGCUGGCAGAUGUCUCUGUACAAAGAAAUGUCUGGGAAGGCUGAAGAUGCAGAGGACCCUGAGAAAGUAGUGAAAAGAGUCCAAGAAGUGUCCGCGGUGCUUUAUCACAUUGAACUGACGGAGCAUCCCUUCAAGUCAAAGAAAAUGGUGUGGCACAAGCUACUGUCCAAACAGCGCCGCAGGGCUGUGGUGGCUUGUUUCAGAAUGACGCCCCUGUACAACAUCCCCACGCACAGAGCGAUCAAUAUGUUUCUGGAUGCCUACAAACGUAACUGGUUAGAAAAUGAAGGGUACUCAUUUGAGGACAAGAUGAUUGAUGACUUGUCAAAAACCCUUGAAGAAGAGGAGGAGGAGGAAGAGGAGACUGAGUCAAAGCCUGACCCCCUUCAUCAGCUGAUUCUUCACUUCAGUCGCACUGCUCUUACAGAAAAGACGAAACUCGAUGUUGACCACCUCUAUAUGUCUUAUGCUGAUAUUAUGGCAAAGAGCUGCCACAUUGGUGAGGAGGACGAAGGGGGAGAACAGGAGGGGGAGGAACCAUCCUUUGAGGUGCGACAGACAGAGAUGGAAAAAGAGAUGGAGAAACAGAGGCUUCUGUACCAGCAGUCCCGGCUACACAACCGAGGGGCUGCAGAGAUGGUGCUGCAGAUGAUCAGCGCCUGCAAAGGUGAACCUGGUGCCAUGGUUUCUUCCACACUCAAACUGGGAAUCUCCAUCCUCAAUGGAGGGAACAGUGAUGUACAACAGAGAAUGCUGGACUAUCUGAAGGACAAAAAGGAUGUGGGAUUCUUCCUCAGUGUUCAGGCUCUGAUGCAAACAUGCAGUGUUUUGGACCUGAAUGCUUUUGAGAGACAGAACAAAGCUGAGGGACUCGGGAUGGUUUCAGAGGAGGGCACGAAUAUGAAGCUUGAACGCGAUGAGAAAGUGAUGGCAGAUGAUGAAUUCACAUGCGACCUCUUCCGCUUCCUGCAGCUCCUGUGUGAGGGACACAAUAACGAUUUUCAGAACUACCUGAGAACUCAGACAGGCAGCACAACAACCAUCAACGUCAUCAUCUGUACUGUGGAUUACCUGCUUCGACUACAGGAGUCCAUUAGUGAUUUCUACUGGUACUACUCAGGAAAAGAUAUCAUAGAUGAGCCCGGUAAGAGAAAUUUCUCCAAAGCGAUGACUGUGGCCAAACAGGUCUUCAACAGCUUGACUGAGUACAUCCAGGGUCCCUGUACUGGUAACCAGCAGUCUCUGGCUCACAGCAGAUUGUGGGACGCUGUUGUGGGCUUCCUGCACGUCUUUGCACAUAUGAUGAUGAAGCUGGCUCAGGACUCCAGUCAAAUUGGGUUGUUGAAGGAACUUUUGGAUCUGCAGAAAGACAUGGUAGUGAUGCUGCUGUCACUCCUUGAAGGCAAUGUGGUCAAUGGCACUAUUGCCAGGCAGAUGGUGGACAUGCUGGUGGAGUCCUCCAGCAAUGUGGAGAUGAUCCUCAAGUUCUUUGACAUGUUCCUCAAACUCAAGGAUAUUGUGGCAUCAGAUGCUUUCCGUGACUAUGUAACGGACCCCCGUGGUCUUAUCUCCAAAAAGGAUUUCUCCAAGGCUAUGGACAGCCAGAAGCAGUACUCUCCCUCUGAAAUCCAGUUCCUGCUGUCUUGCUCAGAAGCUGAUGAGAAUGAGAUGAUCAACUUUGAGGAGUUUGCUGACCGAUUCCAGGAGCCAGCUAAAGAUAUUGGUUUCAACAUUGCUGUUCUUCUCACAAAUCUGUCUGAGCAUGUACCCCACGACACUCGUCUUCAAAAUUUCUUGGAGCAGGCUGAGAGUGUACUCAACUACUUCCGUCCAUUUCUGGGCCGCAUCGAGAUUAUGGGAGCCAGCAGGAGGAUUGAACGCAUUUAUUUUGAAAUCAGUGAAGCAAAUCGUAACCAGUGGGAGAUGCCACAGGUCAGAGAGUCGAAACGGCAGUUCAUCUUUGAUGUGGUCAAUGAGGGUGGUGAGAGUGAGAAAAUGGAACUUUUUGUUAACUUCUGUGAGGACACCAUCUUUGAGAUGAACAUUGCUGCUUCUAUCUCUGAGCCUGAGGGUGAUGGAGUAGAAGAAGAAGAAGAUGAAGAAGAAGAAGAAGGAAGUGGAGAAACUGAAGUAGGAGAAGGAGAAGAAGCCAAUGGAGAAGCAGAGGUUCCAGAGUCUACUUCAGCAUUUGCAGACUUUCUGAAGAGUGUGGUGAACUUCUUCAAUAUGUUCACCUUCCGUAACCUGCGGCGCCGUUAUCGCAAAUUGAGAAAAAUGACAAUAAAGGAGAUGGUUAUUGGAUUGGCUACCUUUAUUUACACUAUUGUGAUGGGGAUCUUGAUGUUCAUCUAUGGUAUAUGUAAGGGCUUCUUUACACUUAUAUGGAAGGCGCUGUUUGGUGGUGGAUUAGUGGAGGGCGCCAAGAAGAUGACAGUGACUGAGAUCCUUGCUAGUAUGCCAGACCCAACGCAGGACGAGGUUCACGGUGACCUACCUCCUGAGCCUGGGGCUAGAGAGGUCCAAGAUGCAGAUGGAAUGGCUGACCUAUUAGACACAGUGGGAGGAGAGGAGGAGGAAGAUGAUGGAGAAGACAGGGAAGGUGGACGACUGCCUGGCUUUAAUGCUCCAGGGGGAUUGGGUGAUUUUGGUGAGACAACCACAGAAGAGCCUCCGACUCCAGAGGGAACUCCUCUGCUGAAAAGGAAAUUGUUGGCUGCUACAGUGGGAGGACAGGAAGAGGAGGAAAAGGCUGAACCUGAAGAAGAGGUUCAUCAAGAGACUGAGAAAGCAGACACUGAGAAUGGAGAGAAGGCCGAGAAGACAGAGCCUGAACCUGAGGUGAAGGAAGAAGAACCUGAAGAAAUAGAGGAGAUAAUAAUGAAGACAAAGGCCAAGAAGGAGAAGAAAGUGGCAGAGGAGGGCUUUGAGCUGUGGAAUGAGCUGGAGGUUCAGAGGAUUAAAUUCAUGAACUACUUGUCUCGGAACUUCUACAACCUUCGCUUCCUGGCUCUAUUCAUCGCCUUCGCUCUCAAUUUCAUCUUGCUCUUCUAUAGGGUGUCUGACAGCCCCCCUGGUGAGGAGGAGUAUGAGAGCUCUGGUCUGUUUGAGGGUUCUGGCCUGUUUGAAGGCUCCGGUGCUGAGGAGGAGGGCUCUGGAUUAGAUGAGGGAGGAGAAGAUGAUGAUGAUGAAGGACCCUUGUAUUACUUCUUGGAGGAGAGCACUGGUUACAUGGAACCUGCCAUGGCCUUCCUUGGUAUCACCCACACCAUCAUCUCUUUCCUCUGCAUCAUCGGAUACAACUGCCUCAAGGUCCCUCUGGUUAUCUUCAAGCGAGAAAAGGAGCUGGCCAGGAAGCUCGAGUUUGAUGGUGUCUAUGUAACUGAGCAGCCUGAGGAUGAUGACAUCAAGGGCCAGUGGGACAGACUUGUGCUCAACACACCAACUUUCCCCAACAAUUACUGGGACAAGUUCGUGAAACGAAAGGUGCUGGACAAAUAUGGCGACAUCUACGGCAGAGAGAGAAUUGCAGAGUUGCUCGGUAUGGAUUUGGCUUCUCUCGAUGUCAGCACCAUGACACAUGAAAAGAAGCCCGAACCCGACACCUCUAUGUUCAGCUGGUUUACAUCUAUUGACAUCAAGUACCAGAUCUGGAAGUUUGGUGUUGUAUUCACUGACAAUACCUUCCUCUACCUGGUUUGGUAUACACUUAUGUCACUGCUUGGGCACUACAACAACUUCUUCUUUGCUGCUCACCUUCUGGACAUCGCCAUGGGUGUGAAAACCCUGCGCACCAUUCUAUCCUCUGUCACUCACAAUGGCAAACAGCUGGUGAUGACGGUGGGAUUGCUGGCUGUGGUGGUGUACCUCUACACUGUAGUGGCCUUCAACUUCUUCCGCAAAUUCUACAACAAGAGUGAGGAUGAGGAUGAACCAGACAUGAAGUGUGAUGACAUGAUGACUUGUUACCUGUUCCACAUGUAUGUGGGCGUGCGAGCUGGUGGCGGUAUAGGAGAUGAAAUUGAAGACCCAGCUGGAGAUGAAUACGAGCUGUACAGAGUGGUCUUUGACAUUACCUUCUUCUUCUUCGUCAUUGUCAUCCUGCUGGCUAUCAUCCAGGGUCUGAUCAUUGAUGCCUUUGGAGAGCUAAGAGACCAGCAGGAGCAGGUCAGAGAGGACAUGGAGACAAAAUGCUUCAUCUGUGGAAUAGGCAGUGACUACUUUGACACAACGCCGCAUGGUUUUGAGACCCACACCUUAGAAGAGCAUAACUUAGCCAACUACAUGUUUUUCCUGAUGUAUCUCAUCAAUAAAGAUGAAACAGAACAUACAGGACAGGAGUCUUAUGUGUGGAAGAUGUACCAGGAGCGAUGCUGGGACUUCUUCCCUGCUGGAGACUGCUUCAGGAAGCAAUAUGAGGAUCAGCUUGGAUAACUGCAUGGAGUGUACUGAAGCAGAAAGGGGAUGAAAGAGUUAGGAAGAGAGGGAAAUUUAGAAAACUGGAAGGGUGACAUUACAGAUCGAACACAUUUCCAUCUUACUUUUGUCAUUAGUCUGCACAGCCUUCCACUCAGUUAAAGCUAUGCAGACUUUAAAAGCAGCAUCGUGUCACCUGCAGCAGAAUGAGUGGCUUGAUUUGAUGAAAACAGGA